CUUUUCUUCUUCUUCUUUCUUCUUGCUUUUCUCGUACUCUUCUGUUUCCUGCCACUAUGGAUUCCAAUCAACGGCUAUCGCUGUCUCCCCCGAAAACACAUCUGAAAGCCAAAGUCUAUUAUUCGUUCCGAGGAUCAUCGACCACCCGAAUGGCUGUGUUUCCAACGACAGUCGACCUAGCCAGCACCUACGUGCCCAUUCGACUGCGAGAUUGUCUAUGGGCGAUCUGCUCAUCCAGCCCGGAUAUGAUCUGCCAGGAGCACGACCUGUCGAUUUACACUGCAAAUUUCCAGGAAUCAUGUCGCACACUGUCUGAUAAAAAAAGUUCUGUCAUCUGGGAAGGCCGCGGGCUGCUCUCAUGGAUCAUGGACGCUCCUCCGCACGAUGAGAGCGGAGAUGUAACGAUCCAUGGCAAGAUCUCAAAUGCUAAGGACAGCUGUGAAGUGCACAUUGAGUUACAACCUACAUUAAAAUGGGCCAAAGAUGACUUUUACAUGGCACUCAAAGCUCAGAACUUUGAAUGCUUCAAAAAGGCUCCCCGCUCGCCUCCGCAACUAUCCUCGCAAUGCUGCUGUGGCAUUGAUGCGGCGCUUCAGCCACGGCUUGCAUCGGUUUGGUCGCCAUCGCGUGCUUCUCCUCCCUUUGGCUCUUCCUCCGAAAAGGGCAAGGAGACCGAGUUCGACCAGUUCAUGAAGCAGAAGCGCGACCCAUCAUCGUCGCCCGUCCGGUUACCGCCCACAACCCAGUUAUUCAGACCAGAGCCAGUUUUUCCCAAUGAGUUUAAGCGCCCACGAUUAACGCCACCAUUGGACGACCAGCAGGACCGCAUGGUGCGCCGUCGACGGGUCACCGACGGAUCGGCAGGCAUAGGACCUUAUUUCCUGCACCAGGCGGCUGAAGAACAACGCCGAUCUGCAUUCACACGGACGACGACAACGACAAGCUCACUAAUUACCAAGGAUGAUAGCAAUAAUAAUAAUAAUCUUACGAUUACUGCUCCAGCGCAUCACGUGGUCCAUCCACCGGGAUCUAUCCCAGUCAUUUACACACCUAGCAACAAAAAACGUAAAAAGAACCCCUCUACCGCUACUGUCUUGCCUCUGUCCAACAGCAAUACACCAUCCUCCGCCACAAAUAAUACAACCGAUGCUUCAGUUCCAAAACAGCAACAGCAUUCAUCACAACCACAUCAACAGCAGCAGCAAGUCAGCACUGCAGUACGCACAUAUUAUGAUGUUGACCGUGACGCGAAUGGCAAUUACGCCUUACCUGUCGAGAUCGAUUCAUGGACUGUGGUGGAUCUUGGCACUAUUGUUUAUGACCGCCCUGCAUAUCACAAUCAACGCUACAUCUACCCUGCGAAUUACACUGUGCGCAAAUGGUAUCGAAGCAUGGUGGAUGCUAAAAGUGACACUCAGUACACAUGCCGCAUUUUGGACAACGGAAGAGAACCCAAGUUUGAGGUCACUGCAGAUGAUUGUCCUGUAACCUAUUCUGGACCAACACCGACAACUGUGUGGACCAUCAUUGUCAGACGCGCCUUUGCUAUUCGAAACCAGGAAUAUGGCCACAAUCCGGUCGGACCCGAUUUCUUUGGUCUACGCAAAAACACAAUUGCUAAAAUGAUUCAGGAUCUGCCAAACGCAGACAAAUGCUCACAGUAUGUCUGGCAGACGUUCGAGCCUGCAAGAUUCAAUAAGCCCGGCCGGAACCGAAGGCGGACAGAUCCUAUGGCCUUGUUGGGCGGCGUCAACUAUAGUCUGACAAGCACCCGUAGCUUAUUCCCUCAUGCGCAUCAUGCUGUAGGCGACUAUCCGCGCGAUCCUCAACCGCCUCCAGAACCCUUGCCACGCACUGGAGUCUCGAUGCGGCUCAACUUUCAUGAUAAUAAUAGAACACGCGAUUCCUCGUCUUCUCCAUCACCAACACCUAUGCUUCCUCCACCGCCAACACACACUUCAGUAGUCACUCCUACAACUACUGCUACAUCCGCCGCACUUCAUCAUCAACCCCAACCUUCGCAUGCCCAUUCUGCUAUAAAGACCGCUUAAUAUUAAUCUACCCGCCACCCUUACACGCUAUACAUACUCUUAUUAUACGUAACCUUUUUUAUAUCAACUUAUUACUAUAUCAUACAUUUACACAUUAAAUCUGCCUUCAUAUAGCACACAUAUAUCAUUAUACAUCCUCUCUCUCUCUUUCUCUCUCUCCUGUUUAUCUCCUGUAUUAUGUAGAAAAACUGUAGUACUCAAAAUAAUGCACAUAUACAAC